UUCUCUAAACAUUGAUUAGUCUAAUAAGGAUGCAAAGCAAAAGGACAGAGUCAUUUUUCUAUAAUAAGCACUCAAACUACAUUACUCUCUAUAGUGUGUGAGAUCUGAUUCUUUUUUUGCAGAAAAUCAUGCUAAGAAUCUGUUUGAGAAAAAGUCUUCGCUAUUCAACGCCUUUUUUUGCCGAUAGCUUCUACAGAUUAUUGUCUACUCAGACCGGAAGGAAGCUAAAAGAUAAGGUAGCACUGAUAACUGGAGGAGCUAGUGGAAUAGGAAAAGCAGCAGCAACAAAAUUCAUCAACAAUGGAGCAAAAGUAAUUAUUGCUGAUAUCCAACAACAACUUGGCCAAGAAACUGCAAAAGAACUAGGACCUAAUGCUACCUUCAUAACUUGCGACGUCACGAAAGAAUCAGACAUAUCCAAUGCAGUUGAUUUCGCCGUUUCUGAAUACAAACAGCUUGAUAUCAUGUAUAACAAUGCAGGGAUACCCUGCAAAACUCCUCCAAGCAUUGUUGACCUUGAUCUAGAAACAUUUGACAAAGUAAUGGAAAUAAACGUUCGCGGCAUUAUGACUGGCAUCAAGCAUGCAGCACGUGUAAUGAUCCCACGCAAAACUGGAUCGAUUCUAUGCACUGCUAGUGUCACUGGAGUGAUGGGAGGGAUGGCGCAGCACACGUACUCGGUAUCAAAGUUUGCGGUUAUAGGCAUUGUUAAAUCUUUGGCUUCAGAGCUAUGCAGGCAUGGAAUUCGAGUCAACUGUAUAUCACCUUUUGCUAUCCCUACUCCGUUUGUUAUGAACGAAAUGGAUGAGAUAUAUUCGCAUCUCGAUUCGCAGCGAAUUGUAGAAAUUGUUCAUAAUGUAGGUGUUCUGAAAGGAGCGAACUGUGAACCUAAUGAUAUUGCUAAUGCUGCACUUUACCUUGCAUCUGAUGAUGCUAGGUAUAUCAGUGGACAUAAUUUAGUUGUGGAUGGAGGUUUUACAUCUUUUAAGAGUUUGGAGUUUCCUGCACCAGAUGAAGUGCAGUAGAAAUUUGUUCAAGGUAUAUUUGGAAAAGGAUAACAAUGAUGAAAAACAAUCCUGAACAUCUUCCGCUUCCAAUUUUUGAAACUUAUUUAGGAAGGAGGCGACGAACGCUUAUUUGGACUGAUCUAAUAAUAGCUCAUGAAUUAUGAUAUACCUAUAUGCGAUUUCAGCAUAUUUUUGUAAACUCCCCAGGUUAACUGAUAGAAACAGCUUAUCUUGAA